GUUGAUGUGAGACCCAGAGACCUCUAUGAGCAGGCUCACCCAGAGGGCGCCAAACAUGCAGCCCUUUUCAGGAAGUUUAGUUUGGGCCAAAUGUCAUUCACUGGUCUGCUGCGUGCAACCGCCUUGGCUCUGAAUGGCGUCUCACCAGUGGAGCCAAACCCAGCAUUUGUGGAGGAUUUGACGGCAGCGGCAGGGAAGGGUGCAAAGAUCAUCCUUGCUUGUGAGGCGGGUGGAUCAUUAGUACCAAAUGCCAGCUUCCAGUAUGGAAAGGAAUCACGUUCAUUGAAGGCUGCUUACAAGGCCGUCGUGUCUGAGAACUUUGGAGAGGUGCUCCAUCUUGGUGGCGGAGUAUAUGGGUGGUACAAGGCGGAUCUUCCUUUCGUGGGAGAGUACGAUUUGGCCAACGUUGGGAGGACGCCAAAUGUGGUCAGCAACGACGACUGAAAACAGUGAAUCUCAGUGUCUGACGUGCUGAUGAGUUUGAGUGUUUCAGUGGUUUUGUCCUUCUUACUUUGCGACCCCUGGUGCAGCCCGCUAGCGCAAAUUUGUACUCGUCGAAUUGGUACAAUAUACGACAGUGCUCACAGAUAUGGAUGUCCACAGCAAAUGCCACCAUGUACUGUAUUCAUCAAUUUUGGCAGCGUUCCAUGUGCUGCAACAUCUGAGAUUAUUGAUUGGCUUGGGAAUUUCAUUGUUGAAAAGGCAUAGAGUGGUUCUGCAAGGAUUAUUAAAACACAAAUGUUUGAU